AUGGAUCUGGAGAACUAUGAACCACCCGUGGUUCUGAGAGGGGACAACUGCCGCAGGCGCCGUAAGAUGAAGCCUCGCAGCACCGCAGCCAGUCUAUCCUCUAUGGAACUCAUCCCUAUCGAGUUUGUGCUGCCCACAAGCCAGCGCAAUAGCAAGACGCCAGAAAUAGUGCUGCUGCAUGUGGCCGGCCAUGGUAACGUGGAGCAAAUGAAGACACAAGUGUGGCUGCGCGCGCUGGAAACGAGCGUGGUGGCUGACUUCUACCACCGGCUGGGUCCAGACCACUUCCUCCUGCUCUACCAGAAAAAGGGGCAGUGGUACGAGAUCUAUGACAGGCACCAGGUGGUGCAGACCCUGGACUGCCUGCGGUACUGGAAGAUGCUGCACAGGAGCCCGGGCCAGAUCCACGUGGUGCAAAGGCGUGCGCCCUCUGAGGAGACGCUGGCCUUUCAGCAGCAGCUCACGGCACUGAUUGGCUACGACGUCACUGAUGUCAGCAACGUGCAUGAUGACGAGCUCGAGUUCACGCGCCGCCGCCUGGUCACUCCACGCAUGGCCGAGGUGGCCCGCCGUGACCCCAAGCUCUAUGCCAUGCAUCCCUGGGUGACAUCCAAGCCCCUCCCGGAGUACUUGUUGAAGAAGAUUAUCAACAACUGCAUCUUCAUCAUCAUCCACCGCAGCACUACCAGCCAGACCAUCAAGGUCUCAGCCGAUGACACCCCAGGCACCAUCCUCCACAGCUUCUUCACCAAGAUGGCCAAGAAAAAGUCUCUGAUGGAUAUCCCUGAAACUCAAAGUGAACAGGAUUUUGUGCUACGCGUCUGUGGCCGGGAUGAAUACCUGGUAGGUGAAAUACCUAUCAAAAACUUCCAGUGGGUGAGGCAUUGUCUCAAGAAUGGAGAAGAGAUUCACCUGGUACUUGACACUCCUCCGGACCCAGCUCUGGACGAGGUGAGGAAGGAAGAGUGGCCGCUUGUGGAUGACUGCACCGGAGUCACUGGCUACCAUGAACAGUUGACCAUCCACGGGAAGGGCCAUGAAAGUGUGUUCACCGUGUCCCUGUGGGACUGUGACCGGAAAUUCCGGGUGAAGAUCCGCGGCAUCGAUAUCCCCGUCCUGCCCCGGAACGCUGACCUCACAGUUUUUGUGGAGGCAAACAUUCAGCACGGGCAGCAGGUCCUUUGCCAAAGGAGAACCAGUCCUAAACCCUUCACAGAGGAAGUGCUCUGGAAUGUGUGGCUUGAGUUCAGUAUCAAAAUCAAAGACUUGCCCAAAGGGGCUUUACUGAACCUCCAGAUCUACUGUGGUAAAGCGCCUGCCCUGUCUGGCAAGGCCUCUGCAGAGACCCCCAGUACUGAGUCCAAAGGCAAAGCUCAGCUUCUCUACUACGUGAACCUGCUGCUGAUAGACCACCGAUUCCUCCUGCGCCACGGGGAGUAUGUGCUCCACAUGUGGCAGAUAUCAGAGAAAGGAGAAGACCAAGGGAGCUUCAACGCCGACAAGCUCACAUCUGCAACCAACCCAGACAAGGAGAACUCAAUGUCCAUCUCCAUCCUGCUGGACAAUUACUGUCAUCCAAUAGCUUUGCCUAAGCAUCGGCCCACCCCUGACCCUGAAGGGGAUCGAGUUCGAGCUGAAAUGCCCAACCAGCUUCGUAAGCAACUAGAGGCAAUUAUAGCAACUGAUCCACUCAACCCUCUCACAGCAGAGGACAAAGAAUUGCUCUGGCAUUUUAGAUAUGAAAGCCUUAAGCAUCCAAAAGCAUAUCCUAAGCUAUUUAGCUCAGUGAAAUGGGGGCAACAAGAAAUGGUGGCCAAAACAUACCAGUUGCUAGCCAGAAAAGAGGUCUGGGAUCAAAGUACUUUGGAUGUUGGGUUAACAAUGCAACUGCUGGACUGCAACUUUUCUGAUGAAAAUGUAAGAGCCAUUGCGGUUCAGAAACUGGAGAGCUUGGAGGAUGAUGAUGUUCUGCAUUACCUUUUGCAGCUGGUUCAGGCUGUGAAAUUUGAACCAUACCAUGACAGUGCCCUUGCCAGAUUUCUGCUGAAACAUGGUUUAAGAAACAAAAGAAUUGGUCACUUCUUGUUUUGGUUCUUGAGAAGUGAGAUAGCUCAAUCCAGGCACUAUCAGCAGAGAUUUGCUGUGAUCCUGGAAGCUUAUCUGAGAGGCUGUGGCACCGCCAUGCUGCACGACUUUACACAACAAGUCCAAAUAAUCGAGACAUUACAGAAAGUCACCAUUGAUAUUAAAUCACUCUCAGCUGAAAAGUAUGACGUCAGUUCCCAAGUUAUUUCACAACUUAAGCAAAAGCUUGAAAACCUGCAGAAUUCUAAUCUCCCUAAAAGCUUUCGAGUUCCAUAUGACCCUGGACUGAAAGCAGGAGCACUGGUGAUUGAAAAAUGUAAAGUGAUGGCUUCCAAGAAAAAGCCCCUGUGGCUUGAGUUUAAAUGUGCUGACCCUACAGCCCUAUCAAAUGAAACAAUUGGAAUUAUCUUUAAACACGGUGAUGAUCUGCGUCAGGACAUGCUCAUUUUACAGGUAUCACGGACCUGGAAAACAGGCCUGCGGUCGGAAAGCCCUCUGUCCCUCACUCAACAAAAACACGGCCGUUCCUCCUUUGGGUUGGGUCCUAGACCCCAAUCCACAUCAGACUCUGUGCAUCCUCAUGUAGGAAUGAUCGAGAUCGUGAAGGACGCCACGACAAUUGCCAAAAUUCAGCAAAGCACUGUGGGCAACACGGGUGCAUUUAAAGAUGAAGUCCUGAAUCACUGGCUCAAAGAAAAAUGCCCUCUGGAGGAAAAGGUGAGUUCAGGAAAUCUAUUUCAUAUUGACUUUGGGCACAUUCUUGGGAAUUACAAAAGUUUUCUGGGCAUUAAUAAAGAGAGAGUGCCAUUUGUGCUAACCCCAGACUUCCUGUUUGUGAUGGGAACUUCUGGAAAGAAGACAAGCCCACACUUCCAGAAAUUUCAGAAUGUCUGUGUCAGGGCUUAUCUAGCCCUUCGUCAUCACACAAACCUACUGAUCGUCCUAUUCUCCAUGAUGCUGAUGACCGGAAUGCCCCAGUUAACAAGCAAAGAAGACAUUGAAUACAUUCGAGAUGCCCUAACAGUGGGGAAAAACGAGGAGGAUGCUAAAAAGUAUUUUCUUGAUCAGAUUGAAGUUUGCAGAGACAAAGGAUGGACUGUGCAGUUUAACUGGUUCCUGCAUCUUGUUCUUGGUAUCAAACAAGGAGAGAAACAUUCAGCCUAA